AUGCCUACCAAGUCGCCAUUUCCGGAUGUAAAGAUCCCGAGUGUCGACCUCUGGGGUCUGAUGUUCGAUCGCAAAGACCGCGACUUCUCCGACGACAAAGUGAUAUAUCGCGCUAUCGACUCUGACCAACGAUACACAUUUGCUGAUGUAAAGAGCCAUGCGACAUUGUUUGGUGAAGGCCUGAGAAAUCUCUGGGACUGGCAGAAAAACGACGUCCUCGCAUUAUACGCACCCAACGAUGUCGACAUACCGCCCGUCAUCUAUGGAACGUUCUUUGCAGGUGGCAUCGUCACGCCUGCCAACCCAGGGUACUCCAAAGAUGAGCUGGCUUACCAAUUGGAGAACUCUGGAGCCAAGGCACUUGUCACGACCAAGGCCUUCUUGAAUACCGCGUUGAAGGCUGCAGAGAAGGUUGGAAUUCCAAGUGACAGAGUAGUCUUGUUGGGUACUGAGAAGGAUGAGACACAUCGAUGUAAGCAUUGGACGAGCAUCCGAAAAACAUCAGGUGCACUGCGCUAUCGCAGGAGGAGGGCAGACCCCGAAGAUUUGGCAUUCCUUGCUUACAGUUCUGGAACCACGGGACUACCAAAGGGUGUUAUGCUUAGCCAUCGCAAUAUCGUCGCAGAUUUACUCCUGGCACAGGGAGCAGUCGGAAACUGGUAUUCGUCAGCAAACGACAAGUUUCUCGGAGUACUCCCGUUCUUCCACAUAUACGGUCUUACCGGCUUGGUGCACCAAACACUACAUCGCGGUAUCGAGCUUGUAGUAAUGCCUGCUUUUGACAUGGAAACCUUUCUGCGAACGAUACAAGAGCACAAAAUCACGUUCAUUUACGUUGCACCUCCAGUCAUUGUGCGCUUAUCUAGAGAUAAGAUGGUAGAAAAGUACGACCUCUCGUCAGUCAAGAUGAUAACGAGCGGCGCGGCUCCACUGACCAAAGAGUUGGUCGAUGCUGUGCACAAAAGGCUGAAGCUUAAGAUCAACCAAGCUUAUGGUCUGAGUGAAACGAGUCCAAUGACGCAUACCCAGCCAAAGCCAUGGGAUGAGUGGUACAGUUCUGUAGGAAGCGUAGGAAAGAUGUUUCCAAACAUGCAAGCAAAGUAUAUCUCAGCCGAUGGCAAAGAACUCGGGCCCGGCGAAGCAGGCGAACUCUGGCUCAGCGGCCCCAACAUCUUCAAAGGAUAUUGGAAGAACGAGUCGGCGACCAAAGAGGCUAUCACAUCGGAUGGAUUCUUCAAAACGGGUGACAUCGGCUUUCAGGACGAACAGCAUAAUUUCUACAUCACUGAUCGAGUCAAAGAGUUGAUCAAAUACAAAGGCUUCCAAGUACCACCCGCUGAACUCGAGGGGAAGCUUAUGGAGAGCGAACUUGUAGAUGAUGCAGCGGUUAUUGGGGUCAACGACGAGCAACAGCACACAGAAGUUCCCAGGGCGUAUAUCGUGGCCUCGCAAGCUAGCCACGCUGGUGCUGGAGAGACCGAAGCUAGGGCUAUAGUGGACUGGAUGGACAAGAAAGUAGCGAACCACAAGCGAUUAAGAGGUGGCAUUGUGUUCAUCCAAGAGAUACCGAAGAGUGCGAGUGGGAAGAUCUUGAGACGAGUACUCAAGGAGAGAAGCAAAGAUGAUGUACCCUUGGGUGUAGUCUCCAAGCCGAAGCUGUGA